AUGAGCAUGGCAGCAUACAAGAACGGACCCCACGUCAAGAUGGUCGUGAAGGCGGCAACAUUCCCCAUGGCGGAGAUAUCGGUCAUGGUGUCGUGGCAGAUGCGAUCACAGGCAGUUCUGGGUGUCUUUGCCCAAAUCGACCCCUCCAUGAUGCGACUGACAGACGUAGACCAGACCCUGUCCACGCACUUUCCGCUCACCGUAACUCGUCCGCCUGGAUACUCAUACAAUGAGCACAACGAAGCGUGUCGCCUUCUACGACCUUGGGCUGUGCGAGGCGCAAAGUCCCGCAGCUUCAUGUUCGUUGUUCAUGUCAUCAACAAUAGUUUGCUAGAUAGAUCGCAAACACUUGCCCAGAUCAGGCUGCUGAGCCACUUGCAACAGCUCGCAUACAUCCAUAAGCUUCAGGUUUUGGUCAAGUGCCUGGAUUACUUGUCUGAUACCGACGAUGACCCAUACGCGGCGGAUGAGAAACAACUCUAUCAGGGCAUGCUAGCAGCGCGAUCCAAGACAGAAAUGAUCCGUCUGUGGGACGACAGACCGCCGGCGGCUAGUUCUCCGAGCCCCGAAGAGACCACAACGGCCGAGCAUCGCAUCAGCGCC